CACGACAGUGCCUUCCGUCUCUAGCUGGGUACUGGUGGGGCUAGACCUCUUAUACGUGUCAGGACGCACGUGUGUCCGAAUCGCCUCUUGGAGCGCUCUCUCCAGUCUCCCUUUAGCCAUCGCAAGAUGCAGCAGCCCGACCCUUCCCCAUUUCUCCCCUAACACAGGUGAAUCUCUCUCUCUCUCUCUCUCUCUCUCUCUCUGCAAAAUGAUACUGAAAAGGACCCCAAACCGCUUCAACCAGCUUCAUCUCCCCUUCCAGGGCAUCGCCCACCUUUGCUGCUCAUCCUUUUCAGUUCUUCCUCCCUACAAUUUCAAUCCCCGCCGUCCAAAAACCGACCUCCAGACCCAUCUCCAGUCCCUCCCUGAGAAACCCAAUUGCCAGUUCGGCGAGGCGAUCACCGUCUUUGAAGCUCAGGUGAAAUCAGGCGACUACAAUUUAGCCAUUUUGGCAUAUAAAACCAUGACCCAUGUCGGAAUUUCGCCGAAUUACCGCACGUUGAAUGCGUUACUCAACUGCUUCUUACAUACCCAAAAGCCGCAAUUCGCAUUCGGAGUCUUAGGAUUGGUUUUGAGGCAAGGUUACAUUCCUAGCAUGUAUCUUUUCAACGUGAUGCUGAAAGGAUUGUGUAAAGGGGGUAAGGUUGAAAGAGCAGUAGAGCUCUUUCACGAUAUGAGGAGAAAUGGGAUUUCGCCAGAUAUUGUUAGUUAUAAUACUCUUGUAAGUGGGCUUUGUAAAGCAAAGAGAUUGGAAUAUGCUUUGGGCUUGCGGGCUGAGAUGGCAGAGGCGGAUUGCCAACCCAAUGUGGUUACUUAUAGCACGUUGAUGGAUGGCCUUUGUAAGGUUGGUAGAGUCGAUGAAGCGAUGGCUUUGUUGGAUGAGAUGCGUGGGAGAGGUCUAGAUGCAGAUGUCGUUGUGUACAGUGUUCUUAUAAGCGGAUUUUGUGGUAAAGGGAGUGUUGAUAGGGGUAUUGAAGUCUUCGAUGACAUGACCCAGAAGGGGAUUUUGCCGAAUGUGGUCACUUACACUUGUUUGGUUCAUGGGCUUUGCAAGAUGGGUCGCUGGGAAGAAGUGAUGGGGAUGUUUAAUGGUAUGGCCGAACGCGGGCUUUCGCCUGAUGUUGUUAUGUAUACUACUUUGAUCGAUGGCCUUUGUAAAGAUGGAAGGGCUGAUCAAGCUUUGAAGCUUUUAGGUUUGAUGAUUGAGAAGGGCCAAGAGCCGAGCACUGUAACAUAUAACGUUUUGAUUAAUGGGUUGUGUAAGGAAGGGUUGACAGAUGAUGCUUUUGUGUUUUUUGAGAAGAUGAUUGAGAGAGGAAAGAUGCCUGAUGUAGUGACAUACAAUUCAUUGAUGGCGGGGCUUUGUAAUAGUCAGAAGGUUGAUGAGGCUAUGGAGCUCCUUAACAAAAUGCUUGGUGGUGACUGCAAUGUCAAACCAGAUGCCAUGAGUUUUAACAUGCUGAUUCAUGGGCUUUGCAAGGAAGGCCGCCUCAUUGAUGCUGUAGAGCUUUAUCGGAAAAUGGUUAAGAGAGGGAAUGUCGGGAAUUUGGUAACUUACAACAUGCUGAUCGAUGGGGCUUUCAAGAUUCGCAAGGUGGACAUGGCUACACAGUUCCAACAAGAAAUGAUUGAUAUGGGGUUUAGGCCAAACACAUUUACCUAUAGUAUCUUGAUCAAUGGACUUUGCAAAAUGCAAAUGGUUGAUGCUGCAGAAAAACUUCUCUAUGAAAUGAAAACUCGAGGUCUCACUCCUUCUUUGGUUGAUUAUAACACCUUGUUGUCAUCUUUGUGCAAAGAACGCAAUCUGGACCGUGUGAUGACUUUAUUUCAGGAAAUGAAAGAUGGUAAAUGUGAACCUGAUGUGAUUUCUUUUAAUACACUAAUUGAUGGAAUGUGCAAAGCAGGGGAUCUUCAAGCUGCAAAAGGAUUGCUUAGUGACCUGCUUCAAAGGGGUUUGUCUCCUGAUACUAUGACAUAUUCUAUAUUAAUAAAUAGGUUUUCAAAACUCGGGCAGUUAGAUGAAGCCAAAGGACUGCUUGAGAGAAUGAUUGCUAGUGGGUUUUCUCCGGACGCUGUCAUAUAUGAUUCUCUACUAAACGGUUUCAGUGCGAAGGGUGAAACAGAAGAAGUCAUUAACUUGCUUCGUCAAAUGGCAGCUAAGGAUGUUGCCCUUGAUGUGGGACUGAUUUCUACUAUCUUGAAUUGUCUUUGCCUUGCUACGAAAUCUUCUGAUUUUGCCGAAUUUCUUCCUACCUUUUCAAAUCAAGCUCCCAAGCAGAUGAGUAUCUCAUGUCAUGAGUUGUUGGAGAAACUCCACAAGUCAAAUAGUGGGCUUCAAUUACAAGCUGCUUAAUGCUUGUGACUUGUGGUUAUAAGAAUGUCAGUGGAUCUGUUUUUUUAUAGGCUUCCAGUGAUUUACUAGAAGCCAACCAAGAGAGAUCAAGGAUGAGGAUUUCUAUAGAUAUGCUGUAGAUGCAAAUGGGGAGCAAUCCGGAUGGAUUACAUGAAGUUGCCGCCAUGAGGGAACUUAGACUGGUUCUGGUGGGUUUUCUGACAGACUAUGCACAUGACAAGCUAAUGGGUCACUAUUUGCACAAGAAUCACUCCAGACAAGUUGUUUCUCAGUUGACUUAGAAGAGAAUGGUACAGAUCAAGUAUGUGACUAGGCUGCUUCUAUGUUCUUCUGGCAGCCCCAUCCUUGUUAUGUUCUUUAAAGCUAGGUGGAGGUCUUACCUAACAUUUCAUGCACCACCUCACAGGAAAUUCUGUUUCUUGAACAGGGAUGGAAACAUAACUAAGUGGGUCAUGACAAAGCACUGGAAAAAUGGGAAGAAUGUGACUGCACUAUCAUGUCAAAGUGGAAAAUAAAUUAUCUUGCAGCUUCUUCUUAGAUAGUUCGACAGGUUUGUUUUUCAAGUGAACUCCACUGCUUUGUUCCCAAAGUUAUUGGUUAUUCAGUACUCUUUUGCCUUCUUCUCAUCUAUCAUGUAGAGACAGCUUUUAUGUAGAGUGUGGACGUAGAUGACUUGGGCUUGUGGCAGUGGUUGGUUCUACCUACUUAGAGACGAUUUGUGGAGAUUGAAGAAAAGGUGAUUGCUGUGUUUAUAGUGCAGCUUUCAAGAAUGAAGGACAUGCAAGUAGUUGAAAUUGUGGUUGUCGUCUUGACAACCAUGGGAGCUUUUGUUAAGACAGAUUUCACCAAUUGAGUCCUUCAUACUCACUUUUAGGAGCUUAUGCUUCACAUCCAAUUUGGGACUAGACUUAAUUUUCUGCUGCAAAGCGGUAUGCCCAUUGUUUCCAUUUGCUAAUUGCAGAUCCUCUGUGUUUCAUGUCCAGAGAAAAGCCAAGUACUAAAAGCAUCUCUUCUUGUAUCUCCCA